CACAGUUGUAAACAGAUCGCAGCCGCUCUGAGAAUAAAACCAAUGACUGGGCUCUAAAUCCGGCGGUACCUUCCUGGUUUCAUAGAACAAUGUGGCGGGCUCUAGCAGCGUUAACCUGGUGUAUUUACCUGGCCGUGCGACCCGUGGGGUCCUUAGAGUGGUCAUCGGUACCAGCCUCUGGGACCCUCCCCUCAGCCCGGAGGGACAUGGCCGUGGGAUAUUUUCAGACCCAGAACAAACUGGUCGUUUUCGGAGGCAAGGGCGGGCCGAUCACAGACGAUACCUGGGUGUUUGAUUUUGUUGCAGGUUCUUGGACCGACGUGAGUGGAGCCACCAGGCCUGGGGCCCGCUUCAGCAUGGUGUACGGGGUGGUGGGGAACCACCUGUACGUCACCACGGGGGAGGGGCCGGGCAAGAUCUUCUACAACGACGUGUGGCGAUUUGACGUGACUUCCAGUACAUGGUUUCAAGUGUCCACCACGGGGACACCCCCGAGCACGCGGUACGGCGCGGCAGGGGGCGUGUACCCCGGCUCCACCCUUCUGUACGUCAGUCUGGGGUUCGCGGGGGAGCGGUUCUUUGACACCUUUAUCCUUGAUACGUCCACCAACCAAUGGUCCACCAGGUUCUGUGAGGGUAACUGUCACCCCUACGCCCCGACCUACCCGCACGCCCGGUGUCUACACAGCGGAUCAGUGGUGGACGCCGACCGCCUGGUCAUCUAUGGCGGCUGUCUGAGCGGGGGAGAGACAGGCGGGCCCUGUCCCUCUGGAGACUCCUGGAUUUUCCGGAAUUCAGAACAAGAAUGGACUCAGUUGCCUGACUGUGCAAGCCCGAGGACAUACAGCAGCAUGGCUCUUUUACCGGAAGUGAACGGACAAAAACGAAUCGUGUUGUAUGGAGGAAUCGAGAAAACUCGACAAGUUAUCCAGACGACAGAAUCCCUGGCAGACACGGUCGUGGUACUGGAUCCCGAUUCCAUGACAUGGACAACACGAAUAACAACAGCAAGCGGAUCAUUUCCCGCCAAAAGAGCAUCGGCAGCAAUGGCCCCCUCGUCAUCAGGAUUAUAUUUGUUUGGAGGAAUUAAUACAGAGACAAACGCCUUACAGAACGACAUUUGGUUUCUGGCCGGUAACUCUACAUCUGCGGACCAAGCGGCCGCGGGGGAGUGUGUCCCCAUCUUCACAAACUUCCUGCUGGUGCAUGGGCUCCUGAUGUUCUUUGGGUGGGGCGUGUGUCUGGUGUGGGGCACGUUCAUCGCCAGAUACUUCAGCUCUUCCGGGACCACAUGGUUUCUUCUACACAGAAUUUUCCAGGUCUCUGGUUUGGUCCUCAGCUUCCUUGGGUUCGUCUUGGGGAUAGUCUCCGUCCAAUUCGACCACUUUAAAUUCGCACACGGAGCCAUUGGAAUAAUAGUCAUGCUGCUCGGCAUCAGUCAGCCAUUUAACGCGUUAGCACGUCCACACCGACCGUCAGAAGGGGAGAAAACUCCACUGAAGAGACGGAUCUGGGAGUUGUUCCACCACAACAUCGGGCGGGUGGCGGUAGCUCUAGCCCUGAUCAACAUUUCCCUGGGGGUGUUCCUGGCCCUGGCCCACACGGCGGUCUGGGCCCUAUGGUUCGUCUAUCUUAUCGUCGUCAUUCUAGUGUUUGUGUUUUACGAGCUCCUUAAGAUCACAGUUGUCCAUGAGAAACUGGCCGCCAUAUUACCAAUGAAGACCAAGGAGUAUCCGGUGUCUAACGAACAGAAGAUGGAGAAUGUUGCCAAAGCAGACGACAGUCAACAAGGGGAGAAGUAGUCCGGAUGAUACCAACGCUUAGCCAUUCACAAGGGAGUCAUUUGUCUGGAGGAUACCAACCCUUAGCCAUUCACCAGGGAGUCAUUUGUUGAUGCUGGCAUCACUAAUCAUACAUGUCAAUACUGCUGUUGUUGUACUAACUUUUAUACUUCAUUACAUCGAUGCUGGACAUCAUUGUUAUCACACUUUUCUCUGAUUAUUGCAAAUUCACCGUACCACACAUGUAACUAUGUUAAUAAAACCAUCAUA